UCGCACCAACGGUCAUCCAGAGCAGCUGGCGUCGACGUCGACAGAGGCCAGCCCACGCCCCAAAUGUUUACGGGCGUGAAAAGUGCGGAAAUGUGGGGAAACUAAUGCGUUUUUUGGUACCCAUUCGUCUGCAGCAUCCACACCCAUGUUGACCGAAGCCCCCAUGGCCAGCGAGAACAUCAUGGACGAACUAGCCUCUCUGAUACGUACCGAGAUCCCCGACGGCCGCCAGAGUCUGCGGGACAGCUAUACGAACCUGGAACGAGUGGCCGAUUACUGCGAGGACACCUACUACCGUGCAGACAACAAGAAGGCGGCCCUGGAGGCCACCAAGAAUUACACCACUCAGUCUCUGGCCAGCGUCGCCUAUCAGAUCAACACGCUCGCCUAUAGCUACAUGCAGCUCCUCGAGCUUCAGGCCCAGCAGCUCGGCGAGAUGGAGUCCCAAAUGAACCAUAUCGCUCAGACGGUGCACAUCCACAAGGAGAAGGUGGCUAGGAGGGAGAUCGGCGUGCUGACGGCCAACAAAGUAAGCUCGCGUCAGUUCAAGAUCGUGGCGCCCAUAAAUCCAGAGAAGCCUAUAAAGUAUGUACGUAAGCCCAUCGAUUACUCCAUGUUGGAUGAGAUUGGGCACGGCAUCAACUCGGCCUCUCACUCGCAAGUGAGACAGAAGCACCGGGGCUCCAGCCAUGGAUCCGUGCAAUCGCUAUUACCGCCGUCGGUCGGUCCCCCGCCAACCACAAAGCCCCCGACACCACCGCAAAUGUCACGGGCUGGAAACACCGGCACUCUAGGCAAGUCGGUCAGCAAUACUGGAACGCUGGGCAAGAGCUCACGGGAGUAUCGCACCCCGCCAGUGGUCAACCCGCCGCAGGUGCCCUCGCACUAUGCACCUAAUUAUCCAAUUGGGCAUCCAAAGCGAAUGUCAACAGCUUCAUCCACGAUUACUACCACCACUACAGGCGGUGGAGCGGCGGGCAAUGAGCGUGCUGCUGGGUACAGUGCUCUUCCGAUGCCACCUAGCCAGCAGAUAGCUACACAUGUGAAUCUGCCCUCUGCGGGCAUGAUGCAAUCACUGCCACCACCGCCACCCACUACGUAUGACGACCGGAGCAGCAUGCCACCAGCUCCACCUUCGCCGCUGACGGUGUCGCAGCACGAGAUGACCGAGCAGAGUCACAUUGGCAUGCACACCCUGGGACGCAAUAUCAACAGGAAUCCAAAUCGGAAUCAUUUCAGCUUGAACUUUGCUCGUCCCGGCUCCCAGUCGCCGCCUUUGCCACCUCCGCCACCGCCGGAGGAUGAGCACCAGGACUUCGGACGACCACGCACUUCGACGGGACCGCAGCUGGCGCCUAUCGUACCCGAGGAUCAGAAUUUACCCGGCUGGGUGCCCAAAAACUUCAUUGAGAAGGUUGUAGCCAUAUACGACUACUAUGCCGAUAAGGACGACGAGCUCAGCUUCCAGGAGAGCUCGGUGCUGUAUGUGCUCAAGAAGAAUGACGACGGCUGGUGGGAGGGUGUCAUGGAUGGGGUGACUGGCCUGUUUCCGGGCAAUUAUGUAGAGCCUUGUGUCUAAGCCUCGCCUCGAUAUUCUAAACAUGCCAACCAUUACAAUAAUCUGCAUUAUCUAGUCUGUUACAGUCCUCCGCUGCUUCUCAAGAACUCCCGUGAUUUGAAUUAAAGAAUCUAAGAUUUCUAAGGACAACUGAGGACCGCAACAGGCUAAGUUGACAAUGACGAUAAAAUUUUGAGCAUAUUUGAUAAGGACAAUUAUAUAAUUAUACACUAUACACAAGCACAGCAGGCCAGAGAAAGCGAAGAGAAUUCCAUUAGCAUCAGCCAAUUGCAUUUAGUCUAAUAUAAACGAGCACACACACAGGAUCCAUGGGCUCAGGAUAAUGCUUGCUGCCCAACUAAACCUAUUUACACUCUAGUAGCCGAAAACGAUGCAACAAAGGGGGAAAGGCGAUAUCGGAAUUCCGUAAAUAACUUAUACGAUAUUCCAAAAUUGUAACACAGACGUAGACGAAUUCCCCAUGCCCCAUGCAACCUGCCACCAGCCACCAGCCCAAUUACUUUAAAUAUUUGCUCACAGUUUUGUCAAGCGAUUUCUGUUUGCCUUGCGCUUGGAUAUUCCCGGCUAUUAUCCAACUAUACUACCCAUACCUAUACCUAUACCUUACUCCCUCAGCAAUAAUGUAGGUUAUAUAAAUUUCAGUUAGAAUUUAUUACUUAAGUAUUGGCCAGUUGGAACUUUUGUUUGCACUUUUACGAACCGCAACGAUCAGUUUUUUGUUUUGCGAACGUUUAGUUAAAAUGGAAUUGCCAGCAAAGGAAUCAAAUUAAAUUUACACAAUAAAAGUACACACACGCUCUAUAUGGUAAAAAUAAUAGCUAAUAAAAAUUUCAAUUACUAAACCGCAA